AUGUCGUCUCCUCCAGACGUGCCACCACCUGCCGGAUCAGCCCUCCUAGGCAUCACUCACCCUGCACCCCUCUCACUGGAAGCUAACCACCCCAUCCGAGAUGGAAUGCCCUUCAAGAAGAUGUAUCAGCUGAGAGAGGAAGUCAGAAAAGCCUGUGCAAAUUUGGUCAUGGCCGAGACCCUCUUGGCCAAUGCCCGAAGCGAUCCCAAUUAUCCGCCAGAGGCCAUGGAGAUCCUUCUAUCUGACUGGAGGUUCAAGACUGCGGAACUCACCAGCUUGCAGAAAAAACUUGCGCCUAUGGAAAUCAACUUCCAUAAGGCUCAACCCCAGCAGAAAGGCCUCGUCCGACAAGCCGUUGCCUUUCCCCAGCCCACCAAAAACCAAAUGACAGAUGGAAGUGAACCCCAAAUACAUCCAUCUAAACAGUCUCUUAUUGCCAAGAAAUCAACAACAAUGAAUGCCGACCCGCCUGAGGUCGAUUCGUCACCAGGAGCGUGUGCACUCGCUACUAACGAGUGCCAAUACGACCACCUCGAUAAGCUCCGUCACCAGUAUGCUCGUCCCUUCGAGCUCUUCUGUGAAGAAAUGGAUAGUAUUGGUGAUAGCUGCUUGACUGGGAUAUGUUUAGCGCUGCCGGACAUGCCUUGGUCUAUUGCUGUUUCGAGGCUGGCCUUUCUCUUGAAGUCCACGUUGGAUUCCCAUGGCAACCAGCCAUCUGAUACCAAGUAUCUGUCGGCCAGUACAACAAUUGGCUGCGAAAAACAUGCGUGCCAUAUUCGCCUAGCUGAACUCAUGACAAUUCGAAACUGGCGAGACUUCAUGGGCUGGGCGCAUCACCACAGCCAUCUCAUCAAUCUAUGUGGCCAGCGAAGUUGCAUUAACCUGAAGCACAUGUGUCUCGAACCAAUAGAUUGUAUGGCGAGCCGUAACAAGUGUCGAGCAGACUCAAAAGGUCUUGCUGAAACCGCUCGUUCUCCGCUAGAGUGCAAAUCUUCUGGUUGUUGGCCUGCAUGCCUUCCUCAACACUCAGCCGCCAACAUCUUACAUUCUGUUGCCAUUGAAUUCGCAGCACUCCAUCGUGUCUCCUUUGGGCCUGUGCCGAGCGCCGUCACGGGGAAGGGGCUAUACACUCCAAUUAGCGAGCAUCAGCUUGGUAAAUUGGUAAAUGACGAAGAUGCCGGACUUGCGUUUCCUUUCCACAAAUCGUAUGGUCAUAUAUUUGUUAGCAAGGUGGAAGCCGGCUUCUUUGGCGAUGUGGACACGCUGUUACAAAUUCCCCCGAUGUACACAUCAGAAGAAAUGCAAAGUAUUCUUCAGAAGCUUCCAACGUGGACCGAGGUAUCCUUUAAUGGUAUGCUGAGUUCUAUAUUCUGGUAUGGAAGGAAGCGGAAUAUGCCAUAUCCUGUUCGAGGUAUGUGGGUUGCAAACUACUUAAACCCUGUGUCUCCUGCAUAUCAGUGUCCGUUCUGCCGCGGUUUCGACAACGACUUCCACGGACGAAUUAUAGAUUUCGAAUACCUGCUUGAAGCUUUCCGCCACGUUGUAUUGGCCCAUAGAAAUGUGUCGAUUGCGCGCAAGGCUAAGUUUUUGUACGAAGAAAUUCAGCAGUGUUCUUCAAUCUGCGAUGCAUGGAAGACGCUCUUGCAGGAGAAGUACGAUGCGUCCGUUGCCAGUCUUGCCAAGGGCGAAAUUCCCCAAGCGGUUGCCGAUCUCUGUGGAUGCAAAUUUGUUACAGAUCCUGUGUUUGCAAUAGUCUCCAAGGAUGCGGAGGAAAUGGAAGGAGGAGUCAAAGGCGAGCCAGAGCGUGACGACACAGCUAUUGUCGCCCGUGACACGCCGUCUUGA